UAGCUGUUUAUUUCGCCAUUGAGCCCAAGGAGGGGGUGCCUAGCUCUUCUUUUGCCCCACCCCGUUUAUCCAACCAGCCAGCCUGUGAGGUUGAACCCAAGACACCGUUGUGAUCAUAAUUAAUCUAAGCCCAUGAGUGAUCCAGGUGUUUCGAGGAGGGAUGACUCUUUGAGCAGCUGGCCUGUAGGAGAUGAUAUUCCCGGAAAAGGUUCCAACACUUUGAAACCCAAGGAUGUGCUAUUAUGUACUGAGAAGAUUUCUGGACUAGUGGAUGCAGAAUUUCUCUCCAACAGUUCCAGCCUGAAAAAAAGGGAGUGUUCUAAUUCUGAGACUGAUGGCUUUGGAGAUGACAUAAGAAGUCCUUCAGAGCAGGACAGCGUUGUCCAUUGUGCUGAAGGGCAACGUGGUCAGUCUCCCCAAAGACAGAAAGAUGAACAGUUGGUUUGCCAGUCAUCAGGAGCCAUCCCUCAGUUUAAUCCUGUUUCUGAGACAAUUUUAAAUCCAAAGAAACGGAAGCUGGUUCUGCACAUUGACCUGAACAACACCAUCCUGGUCUCGGAUGCUGUUACCAAUCAGGAUCCUAGAACGGCUCUCAAUUAUUAUCUGACUACUGUGACCUGGGGAAAGAUCAGCCCUGCAGGUGAGUGGCAGUGGCUCAGUGAGUCCCCCUCUUUGCUUCCUCCGUGCAACGGAGCUGUGAGUUUUUACUCCCAGUACGGCCGCAACACCACAUUCACUGACACAUCCCUGGGGCGGCAGUUUCGAGACCUUCACAGGCGCUACCUGCAGCUGCUGGAAUGGCAAGGCCAACCCCACCCGUUGCUCUCCAUUAAAGACAAGAAGGCCAAGCACUACCACUUAGUGCUGCCUUCCUUCUUCUGUCUCCUGGAGAGCCUGCACCAGGAAGGGAGGCAGUUUGCUGUGAUCUUGCGCACCUUUGGCACAGACCUGCCCCGUGUCCUGCAGGCGGUGCACUGCGCCCUGGAGGGGCAGCAUCCUAACUUCCCGGCUCUACGGGACAUCUCGUUGCCCAUCAACCCCCAGCCUGGAACAAUACGUUGCAGCAAGCGAAAAGUGGUGUUGACUCAUGGAAAAGAGAAAGUCUCCACUGAAGAUGGUGGUAGGAAAAUAUAUGCGUAUUUCAGCUCCAGGGAAGGUAUCUGUGGCUUCCAGGACCACUUUGAUUGGUGGGCCAGGAAUCAGUUCUCCAUCCGAGGUGGGAAGCCCCUUUGGAUUGACCCUCACGAUACAAGCGUCCACCACAUAUGUAUUGAUGACAACAUUCGACUGAAUGAUUCGGACACCAUUGUUCAUCCUCAGGUGUUUUCAGGGCCAGGAAGCUGCAGUGUCCGGACACCUCCAACCUCUGAGUUAUAUGGCAUGUGUCUGGUUCAAACAGACCUCCUGGAGGCCAUUGCUGAUGUGAACUAUUUCUGCAGCUGCAUAAAACAGUGUGAAGAGAACUAUGGGAGAUACUUGGCCAGGGCUGAAGAUUAUGUCUGAAGGGGUGUGUGUGUGAAGGAGGGGUCUCUUCGAAGUAGUGUUGGUGGGGUAAUCCCCUCCUGUGUGAUUUGGUGCUUGAGAGGGGAAAGAAGAGUCUGCUGUUGUAAGCUCCUUGGUUGCUGGAGAUCCUUACUAGGCUCCUUUCUGCAUCAUGUAUUUGCUUUUACUGUCCAGUCCCUGCUCUGUGUAGCAAAUUCCUGGUCCUCUCUGGGAACCAAGGCCCAGGAAAUGCUGUGUGUCAAUUUCUCUGGUGCCAUUUUAAGCUGCUGGGGAAAAGUGCUGUUUUGUUUUAUUUAAUUAUCAUUCAGAACUUGAGAUGUGGAUGGAGAGAAGCCUAUUGAGACCUCCUCGCAGCAUAGGUGGCAAAUUUUGCCUCAGGGUUUUCGAAUCCACUCCACAGCUGCCGCCACUCCUAGUGCUUAGUGUUGGUGCAGGUAAAACUACUAGUUUGUUACACGGUCCAUUUUUCAAAGCAUUAAAAUGGACUUCAUUGA